CUGACCGGUAUUUCUAUUCCAGACAAAUACAGUUUUUAUACAAACCGUCAUUUAACUCAAUACAAAGAACUUACACUAAUCAAGAAUUAUGAAAAUUUUAGUAUUUUUCGCUUUGUUGGUUGCAUGCCUCAAAGCUAAAAAAUUUCUUUUAUUAACGAAUCAGAUGCCAUCCCAUACGAUGAUGGUAUGGAGUAUAGGAUCAGAAUUAGCCGAAGAAGGACAUGACGUUGUUGCAAUAACCAAAAAAGACUUUGAAGCGAACAAAUUAAAGCAUUUCGAAAAGAAUAUUAAGACUUGGCAAUUUGAACCAAUUAAAGGUCCUUUCGCUAAUGAACGUGAAGCUGAAAAAAAGUUUUUUGACUUUCUUUUUCAAGAAGUUUUAGCUGGAAAAAGACCACCAAUAAACCCAAAUAUUGUUCAGGGUUUAUACAAUGAAACUAUAGCUAUUGUUGAAAAUAAAGAAUUAAUGAACAAGAUAAGAGAUUAUAAAUUUGAUGGUGCAAUUUUGGAUGGAUUUGUCCUCGCUAGAUUUUUUGCUGUUAUUCCUUAUCAUUUUGGAAUUCCUAUUUUUACUGUUACAGACAUGUUAAUGGAUCCAGCAAUACAAAUAGCUUCGCUACCAUCUCACAUUCCUCAUUUACUUACUCCCUUUACAGAAAGAAUGUCCUUUACUGAAAGAUUAUUAAAUUUUGUCUCAGUUUCUGUAAUAUGUAAUCCAACUACUCGAAAAAUGGUAAUUCCUCAGAUGCCUACAGAUUAUCUAUUCAAGAAAUUUGUUAGAGAUGAUAAGAUUAAACACUGGGAUGAUUUAAUAGCAAAAUCGGAAUUAUUUAUUAUAACUCGAAAUCAUAUGCUUGAAUAUCCUGCACCGACUUGGCCAAAUACUAUUACAACACAUAGUUUAACUGUCAGACCCUUUAAACCUUUAACUGAAAAAUUUGAAAAGAUGGUAUUAAAACAUCCAGAUAAAAAACUUGUUUUUGUUAGUUUUGGAUCACAUGGAGAUUUGAUACCUUCUUCAUUUUCAAUGAAAUUGCUCGAAGCAUUUGGUUCCUUCAAUGAUGUUCAUUUCAUUUGGUCAUAUCGCUUACUAGAAAGUGAUGCUGAAAAAGUUCCAUCCAAUGUAGAUAUCGUUCCGUGGGCACCUCAAAACGAUUUACUCGGUCACGAUAGAGUAUCAGCAUUUAUCACUCAUGGUGGUCAAAAUGGACAAUCCGAGAGUGUUUAUCACGGAAAACCAAUGCUAUGCAUACCAUUAUUCGCCGAACAACCUCAUAAUGCUGUUCGAAUUGCUUAUCGAAAAUAUGGUAAAUAUCUAUUCCCCCAUGAACUUACAACAGAGAAAUUACAAUUAUUGUUAAGAGAAGUUCUAAAUAACGAUGUAUACGCUAAAAAUGUGAGAAGAGCCAGCGAAAUUAUAAAAUCCCAGCUUGUUCCGGAUAUAAAAAGAGUUACACACGAAAUAUUAACUAUUACUGAACACGCUAAAAGAUUUCUUUUGCUUACGAAUCAAAUGCCAUCUCACGCUAUGAUGGUUUGGAGUAUUGGAUCUGUUUUGGGUGUAGAAGGACAUGAUGUUGUUGCAAUAACAAAAACAAAUUUUGAAAGAAAUAAGUUAAAGCAUUUUGAAAAGAAUAUUAAGGUAUGGGAAUAUGAACCAAUUGAAAGCUAUUUCGAUAAAACAGGCGGAAUGAAGGAACUUGUUAUUAAGGAAGCUUUAGAAAGAACCAUAGCUGGAAAACAACCAAAAUUGAGACCCGAUAUGCUUGAAUACAUAUACAAUGAAACUGUAGCUAUGGUAGAUAACAUAGAAUUAAUGAACAAAAUCAGAGAUUAUAAAUUUGAUGGAGCAAUUUUAGAUGGAUUCUUUAUAGCUAGAUUUUUUGCUAUCAUUCCUCAUCACUUUCGAAUUCCUAUUUUUACUGUUACAGACUCUUUAACAGAUCCUGUCAUUCAGCCAGUCUCACUACCUUCUUACACUCCUAGUUUAUUUUUGCCCUGUAGUGAACAAAUGUCUUUUACUGAGAGACUAUUGAACUUCGCUUUAACUGUUCUACUACGUACUCAAAUUAUGCGAAAUAUGAUGUUUCCUCAGAUCCCUACCGACAACCUUUUCAAAAAAUAUGUUGCAGAUGACAAGAUUAAACACUGGGAUGAUUUAGUGAAAGAAUCAGAACUAUUUAUUGUAUCUCGAAAUCAUAUGCUUGAAUACCCUGCACCGAUUUGGCCUAAUACUCUUCUGGCUCACAGUUUAACUGUCAGAUCCCCAAAACCUUUAACUGAAAAAUUUGAAAAAAUGGUAUUAAAACAUCCAGAUAAAAAACUUGUUUUUGUUAGUUUUGGGUCACAUGGAGAUUUGAUACCUUCUUCAUUUUCAAUGAAAUUGCUCGAAGUAUUUGGUUCCUUCAAUGAUGUUCAUUUCAUUUGGUCAUAUCGCUUACUAGAAAGUGAUGCUGAAAAAGUUCCAUCCAAUGUAGAUAUCGUUCCGUGGGCACCUCAAAACGAUUUACUCGGUCAUGAUAGAGUAUCAGCAUUUAUCACUCAUGGUGGUCAAAAUGGACAAUCCGAGAGUGUUUAUCACGGAAAACCAAUGCUAUGCAUACCAUUAUUCGCCGAACAACCUCAUAAUGCUGUUCGAAUUGCUUAUCGAAAAUAUGGUAAAUAUCUAUUCCCCCAUGAACUUACAACAGAGAAAUUACAAUUAUUGUUAAGAGAAGUUCUAAAUAAUGAUGUAUACGCUAAAAAUGUGAGAAGAGCCAGCGAAAUUAUAAAAUCCCAGCUUGUUCCGGAUAUAAAAAGAGUUACACACGAAAUAUUAACUAUUACUGAACACGGACAUAUGGGUGAGACAUAG